AUGGGCGAGGCCCGUAGUAUUCUUCCCCCAAAAGGAUGGUACCAUGCGGUUCUGUGUCGAGUACAGAAAGCUCAACGCAGUCACCGUUCGAGAUUCCUAUCCGUUGCCGAGGACGGACGAGGGCAUCGAUUUCCUCGGCGACGAUACUACGACGUUUGCGCCGCCCUGCGGGUUGUACCGUUUCCUCCGCAUGCCGUUUGGUUUGAAGAAUGCCCCCGCUACCUUCCAGCGGGCCGUCGAUAUUAUACUGUCGCGUGUAAAUGGGAAACCGCACUGGUCUACCUGGAUGAUGUUAUCAUCUACUCCAAGACUGUAACGGAACACUUCGCGCACGUCCGCGAGUUUUCCGGCCUCCUGCCGGACGCGGGCGUGUCGCUGAAGCUGUCGAAGUGCGCCUUCUUCGACACCUCGCUGACCUGCCUCGGGCACGUGAUCCAACCAGGUAGGUUGGAGGUCGAGCGCAAGAACGGGGUCGCAAUCGAGCGCGCUCGACCUCCCCAGAACCAGGCGGAAUUGCGAUCCUUCUUAGGAAUUUGCAACGUGUACCGUCGGUUCGUGAAGGGCUUCGCGAAAAUAGCCGCUCCGCUAAACCGGAAGACGGGGAAAAUCAACCCUUCGAGUUCGAGGUUCUUUCCGAUGAGAAAUACGAGGCGUUCGUGGAGCUCAAGCAGCGCCUCGUGUCCCCACCGAUCCUCGCUCUACCCCGUUACGGAAAAAUGCCCCCUGGAUACAGACGCUUGUGCGUACCAGGUCGGCUGUACCCUACUACAGGAGCAGCCGAGCGGUGAACGCGUACCAAUCGGAUAUUGGAGUCGGGCUCUAACCGACGCCGAGAAGAAUUACACCACCACCGAGAAGGAAUGCCUUGUUGUCGUGUGGAGCAUCCUUACGCUUCGACCAUAUCUGUAUAGGAACACUUUCGACCUCGGAACGGAUCAUGAGGCCCCCGAUGGGUCCCCUACCUGUCGAAUAGCUCCGGCCGGCUAG